GGCUGUACGGUCGAGUAACGACGUUUGAUCAGCUAGCAGCACGACACAUCUCCUUCCUGUUCCGAUAUUUAUUCCGGAGUACCUGUCAGGUGUGGUUCGGGACGCAGGGAACAUGGGACACUGACCAAUCACUUCAAACAUGGAGGACCAAAAUGAGUAUGAUCGGUAUGACGACAUCGAAUCGUUCCGCCGAUCGCCAGUUCCUGACGUCAUCGCCAGAGAUUAUCCUGAAGUCACGACGCCGGAAUCUCCUAAGGAAUUCCUCAACACAGUUGAUAAUGGGAUCUACGUCAUCAAAACUCCCGAGCAGAAUGAUGCCCCAAAGGACCAUAAAAUGUCCGACCCAGAUAAUGUGUCCAAGGCCACAACGAGAUCUGAUGGUAAAUCCGAAAAGACAAAAAGUCGGGCGACGAUCGCCGGAAGUGACCACACCCAGGUGUACGGAGAGGAUGAGAAUGAGGAGCGCGGGAACUGGACUGGGCGCUUUGACUUUCUGCUGACCAUGCUAGGGUACUCUGUCGGGCUCGGCAACAUCUGGCGUUUCCCCUACCUCUGUUACAAAAACGGCGGCGGGGCUUUCCUCAUCCCUUACGUCAUCAUGCUAAUUGUUGUGGGGAUUCCCCUUUUCUAUCUAGAGACCUGUAUCGGCCAGUUUUCUAGUUGUGGACCACUUACUUGUUGGGGGUUCGCACCCCUCUUUCAAGGGCUUGGUGUCGCCAUGGUGAUCAUUUCCGGGAUAGUGACGCUAUAUUACAACAUGAUUGUUUCCUGGUCCAUCCUUUACUUUUUCGCCUCGUUUACGAGUUCCCUCCCUUGGAGCGGAUGCGAAAAUCCAUGGAACACCAGAGACUGCAGUCUUAAGUUACCGAAGGUUAACUGUACGGUAACGGAGGGUAUGAAGUACGGAAAUGGUACGUGCUACAAAGGUGAGAGGUUUAUAGGGCUCUGGAACACCACACAAUUCACCAACGUCACAGGACGCCUCAGAAUCACGCCGUCAGAGGAGUACUGGAAUAAUUACGUACUUGGGAUCAGUUCCGGUAUUGACGACAUGGGACCUCCUAGGUGGCAGUUGGCAUUGUCCCUGUUCGCGGCCUGGCUCCUGUGCUUCCUUUGUUUGAUCAAAGGCAUCAAAACAACGGGAAAGGUGGUCUAUUUCACCGCUCUCUUCCCGUACGUCGUCCUUAUCAUCCUAUUUAUCCGGGGAGUGACCCUUCCUAACGCCUCCGAGGGCAUCUAUUUUUACAUCGUGCCAAAAUUCGAUAAACUGCUCGACGCCAAGGUAUGGCGAGAUGGGGCUGUCCAGGUGUUUUACUCUCUAGGACCAGGAUGGGGAGGACUGAUAGCUUUAUCCAGCUAUAACCGAUUUCACAAUAACAUUCUGGGGGACGCCAUCAUCGUGUCGCUUGGAGACGGGUUGACCAGCAUUUUUGGCGGAUUUGUUGUUUUUUCCUAUCUUGGGUACAUGGCCGGACAGUUGGGUGUCGGGGUCAAGGACGUAGCCAGAAGUGGGGCGGGACUAGCCUUCGUCGUGUACCCGGCAGCUGUGAACAACCUACCGCCAGCUACGCUGUGGUCGAUCCUUUUCUUUUUCAUGCUGAUAACACUCGGACUGGAUAGCGAGUUUGCUAUGUUGGAAACAGUGUUGACAGGACUUACAGAUUACUUCCCGUCACUUCGACCAAAGAAGUCGUAUGUCAUUCUAGUCGUGUGCAUCAUCUUCUUCCUAUUGGGCUUGCCCAUCACUACCUCCGGAGGGAUGUACUGGUUGCAGCUACUUGACCACUACGUGGGGUCAUGGUCACUGUUGGUCAUCGGUCUGACUGAGGUCAUGGUCAUCAACUUCAUCUACGGUAUCAACCGAUUCUUUAGCGACAUCACAGUCAUGCAGGGCUACCGACCGUCGAUCUGGUGGAAGAUCUGUUGGUUAGGUAUCAGUCCGGCGGGCAUGGUGUUCAUUCUGGUGUUCUCGUUUGUGGACUACUCCCCCAUCAAAUACGACUCCUAUGUCUACCCUGCCUGGGCUGAAGCGCUAGGCUGGCUCCUGUCGCUCUGCUCAAUAAUCUUCAUCCCGAUUGUCUUCAUCUACAAGAUCUCCAAAGAGGAGGACGAGAAAGGCCUCAUCAAUAAAACCAAGCUGCUGUUAGCACCGUCACGAGACUGGGGCCCGGCCCUGGUCAAACAUCGAAAGUUAGUGGACUACAUCGACGGAUUCGUCGUGGAUCCCGAGCGGGAGAAACAGGAGUUAUCGUUCGUUAAUUACGGUUACGCCACUUCUGUCUCCAAUUUGCAGACAGACAGCAGCACGAGUCCCAGCGAGGUGUCGGUCGACCCAUCAGUGGACACACGACGGACAUAUUUGUCCCGAACUUUGUCUCAUGCAUCCUAUGUGUCUUAUGAGACGACUAUAUGACGUGUAAUUAUGUGUCCUAUGAGACGACUAUAUGACGUGUAAUUAUGUGUCUUAUGAGACGACUAUAUGACGUGUAAUUAUGUGUCUUAUGAGACGACUAUAUGACGUGUAAUUAUGUGUCCUAUGAGACGACUAUAUGACGCGUGUAAUUAUGUGUCCUAUGAGACGACUAUAUGACGUGUAAUUAUGUGUCCUAUGAGACGACUAUAUGACGUGUAAUUAUGUGUCUUAUGAGACGACUAUAUGACGUGUAAUUAUGUGUCUUAUGAGACGACUAUAUGACGUGUAAUUAUGUGUCGUAUGAGACGACUAUAUGACGUGUAAUUAUGUGUCCUAUGAGACGACUAUAUGACGUGUAAUUAUGUGUCCUAUGAGACGACUAUAUGACGUGUAAUUAUGUGUCCUAUGAGACCAUUAUAUGACGUGUAAUUAUGUGUCCUAUGAGACGACUAUAUGACGUGUAAUUAUGUGUCUUAUGAGACGACUAUAUGACGUGUAGUUAUGUGUCUUAUGAGACGACUAUAUGACGUGUAAUUAUGUGUCCUAUGAGACGACUAUAUGACGUGUAAUUAUGUGUCUUAUGAGACGACUAUAUGACGUGUAAUUAUGUGUCCUAUGAGAUGACUAUAUGACGUGUAAUUAUGUGUCUUAUGAGACGACUAUAUGACGUGUAAUUAUGUGUCCUAUGAGACGACUAUAUGACGUGUAAUUAUGUGUCUUAUGAGACGACUAUAUGACGUGUAAUUAUGUGUCUUAUGAGACGACUAUAUGACGUGUAAUUAUGUGUCCUAUGAGACGACUAUAUGACGUGUAAUUAUGUGUCUUAUGAGACGACUAUAUGACGUGUAAUUAUGUGUCUUAUGAGACGACUAUAUGACGUGCAAUUAUGUGUCUUAUGAGACGACUAUAUGACGUGUAAUUAUGUGUCUUAUGAGACGACUAUAUGACGUGCAAUUAUGUGUCUUAUGAGACGACUAUAUGAAAUGCGAUCACGUGUCUUAUGAGACAUGAUUAUCCAUUGUUGUCUUCUAAGACCAUGGUGCCCUCCAAAGAAGGUAAUAUUUUAGUAAACCACACCUACGUUUACUUUGCUAAUUUCAAUAUUCAGCUAAAUAUUUCACCACCAGCGAGCCUGUCAGUGUCGGCCAUGUUAGUGACCUCACAAUAUUUUCAGUGUCGGAAGGAUCAGGAACUAUCGCCUCACGGUACCCAUGUUUGUAGUGUGAUCAACUUUUACAUUUCCAUAUAGUGCCAUCUCCUGUGACAUGAAGUCAGCAAUACAUGUAUGUGAUGGUGUCAUAGCUUUAUGUACAAACUACUGAUACACUGGUGAUAUUAUGACAGUGUACUAUAAGCCAGGCAGUAGUGCCAUAUUCAUGUAUCACUACAGUGUUGUUUGGUGAGACGUGUUUGACCAGAUACGUGUUAUAUAAGACACGUGUUUGACAAGACCCUUGCUAGAUGAGACGUGUGCUAAACGAGACGUGUGCUAAAUGAGACACGUGUUUGAUCUGAUACGUGUUACAUGGAACAAGUGUUUAACGAGACACAUGGCAAUGACAAUGACAAGAUUUUAUUCUCAUAAACAUAUAAAGUGUAGAGAAGUACAUACAUACAAAAUUGGACAUAUCAUAUGAUAUAAUACAUGAAUACAGUGUACAUGUGUUAAGCAAGAGAUUACAUUAAAUAGUGUUGAGUCGUAUACUAAUUUGCUUAGACACGUGUUUGACGAGACACGUGCUAGAUGAGACACGUGUUUGACGAGACACGUGUUAGAUGAGACACGUUUGAGGAUACAUCUGUUUGAUGGAACAACAUUUUGAUGUGUUAGGAUUGGUAUAAUAAGAUAAUACUAUCAGAAUCUCUGACCAUUAACAAAGCUUCAUUAUUAGCAUUUACGACGACUUUUCUAGUGCAAUAUCAUUUCGAAUAAACGUUUUGCAGAAUAUAUUGAUAAUAAUGCUUUAUUUAGAUGUUAACUGGAGCCACAAUGUGAACAUGUAUAUGGUGUACGUAUCACCAGUUUGUGCCAUAUUUUACUUGUUAAGAUAAGAUCAUGUGUAAUUUGUGUAUGUUUAUUAUUUACGCAUUUAUCAGUGUAGAGACGUACACGGUUGUUUGUUUCAUCAGGACCUACAUGUAGAUGGUGUAUUUAUUGUAUCUUCAGUCUGUGGUAUGUUUUACAUCAAGAGAUCUACAUGUGUGCAAGAUGUAUUUAUAUUUAAUCUGUGCUAUAUUUUACAUCAAGAGAUCUAAAGUGUACAUGUGUGUAAGAUGUAUUUAUAUUUAAUCUGUGCUAUAUUUUACAUCAAGAGAUCUACAUGUGUGUAAGAUGUAUUUUUCUCGCACAGUUCACCGGUUUAUCUCCAGUUUUAGACGUGAGAGAUUAAUAGAAUCUUUCCCUACCUUGAGGGUGUGACAGAGAAAUCUCAACCUGAGGGGGAGAUUCUUGAAUGUCCAACC